AUGGCGCCCAGCGUGGCCUCCAAACGUGCAUCAAAGCGUUUCUCCACCUUCAGCGCUCCUUCAAUCGCUGCCUCAGAUACUACAACCCGGACAACCGGCACGACCGGUACGGGAGAUCCACGGAUGGCAGAGAUCAAAGAGUGGACACAGGGACUCGAGCGCCUGGAGCAAAAAGAAUUACAAGAGCAACGAUACGCACCCACACAAGAGAAGACCGACAGCCUCAGCAAGCUGGCAUUAGGCGCCAAGGUAGAACGGGCGUUGGGACGGAGAAUGACAGACCAAGAUGCAACAUUCAGACCAAAGCUGUUAACUGAAAAAUCUCCAUUGGGAAGGUCAGCAUCAAGCGUAGUAUGA